AUGAGGAAAAGGCUGAAGCUGAAGAAGGCCACGCGCACAAGAAGAUGUAAGUGGGACAAUCAAGUUCAUGAAAGGAAGACCUUUGCUCAGCCAGCCUGUCAUCGGUCCCACAGCGCUGCGAUCUUCCUCAAGUCGACGGAAACAGGAGACAAGAUCAAAUGGAAGGCUGGGGAGGCCGUACCAUACGGAGCUCUUGCGGCGGCCUUUGCAGAGAUUGAGGCUACCACGAAGCGAUUGGUCAUUUUGGAGAUCUUGACCAAGCUCUUCGUGACUGUCAUCGAACGAAGCCCGGACAACUUCCUGCGCGUCAUCUAUCUCUGCAUCAAUAGGCUCUGCCCGGACUACGAAGGCCUCGAGCUGGGUAUCGGCGAAGGACUGCUCCUCAAGGCCAUUGCGCAGGGGACUGGUCGCGAUAUGAAGGUGAUCAAGAAGGACCUCGAGGCGAAGGGUGAUCUUGGACUGGUUGCUAUCGGCUCUCGAGCGAAGCAGCCGACCAUGUUCAAGCCUGCGCCGCUGACUGUGCCAGCAGUCUUCAAGCAGCUGAAAGAGAUUGCAGAUAUGAGCGGCAACAAGUCUCAAGAUCGCAAGAUCGGAGGUAUCAAGAAGCUUCUCGCGGCGUCCCAGAACGAUGAGCCGAAGUACAUCAUCAGGUCUUUGGAAGGCAAGCUUCGAAUUGGCUUAGCGGAAAGGACUGUUCUCGUCGCUCUGGCCCAGAGUAUCGUCCUGACUGGCGCAAAGAAGCAGAAGAAAAGGCUCGACACUGAGGAAAUGGCGAAUGAGAUUGCUCGAGGCACUGAGGUAGUGAAGGCUGUGUACAGCGAAUUGCCAAAUUACGACCUCGUGGUGCCCGCCUUGCUCGAGAGCGGCAUUGAUGGUUGCAGAGCAGCGUGCAAGCUGACGCCGGGCAUUCCGCUCAAGCCAAUGCUCGCGAAGCCCACAAAAGCGAUCACCGAAGUGCUGGACCGAUUCGAAGGCAAAGCCUUCACCUGCGAGUACAAGUACGACGGCGAGCGAGCACAGGUCCACUUCUUUGCUACCACACCUUCAACAGCACCGAAGACGAAGCUGGCCGUCUUUAGCAGGAAUUCGGAGAACAUGAGCUUGAAGUAUCCCGAUCUUGUCGAGCAGGUGCCUAGGUGCAUCAAACCGGAUGUCAAGAGCUUUGUGCUGGACGCAGAGGUGACUGCUUGGAAGAAAGAGGAGAAGGACGACAAAGGGGAGAUACACCCGGCACGGCUGCUGCCAUUCCAGGAAUUGAGCAGGCGGAAACGCAAGGAUGUCAAAGCUGAAGACAUCGUGGUCAAGGUCAAAUUAUUUGCGUUCGAUUUGCUGUACCUCAAUGGCGAGCCUCUGCUACAUCUCGACCUCGAAGCGCGUCGCAAGCUUCUCCGAGAGCAUUUUCAGCCUGUGCCCAACGAGUUUGACUUUGCUACUUCUCAGGACUGUACAACGGUCGAGGAGAUCCAGACAUUCUUGGACAUUAGUGUCAAAGAGGGUUGCGAGGGGCUGAUGGUCAAGAUGCUAGCUGGCGAGGAUGCAACGUAUGAGCCGAGCCGGCGCAGCAUGAAUUGGCUAAAGCUCAAGAAAGACUACUUGUCUGGCACUGGCGAUUCUUUGGAUCUUGUAGUCAUCGGUGGCUACUAUGGCAAAGGAAAGCGAACAAAUGUGUACGGAGCAUUCCUGCUGGCGUGUUACGAUGCGGACUCGGAGACGUACCAAGCCGUGUGCAAGAUCGGCACAGGGUUCUCAGAGGCGGACUUGGACGCGCACUGGAGCACUUUCAAGCCGCUCGAGCUGAGCUCCAAGAAGGGUUACUACGAUGUGGGCGAAGCCAAGCCUGACGUGUUCUACGAGCCAAAAGUGGUGUGGGAGGUUCUCACUGCAGACUUGUCGCUCAGCCCGGUGUACACGGCUGCAAAGGGUCUGGUGGAUAGUCGCGGUAUCUCGCUGCGGUUCCCACGCUUCAUCAGGAUCAGAGACGACAAAGAUCCUGACGACUCAACUUCUCCGGAGCAGAUCGCAUCAAUGUACCGGGCGCAAGCUACGACGAACAAGUCUGGCGGCAAGGGAGAAGCUGAAGACGACUUUUGGUGAUCACCGCUUGUCGCUCUCCCGAGUGACUGAGCGCCCAGAAUUUCCUUUCCCUCACAGCCAACAUCACCAGCAAUCGCAUCGCACGAGCCAUUCAUCCUCAGACCCCGCAACGUCUUCGCUCUGUUUUCAAUCACAGGAAUCUGGAUUGCUUCACUUUUGUGUGGACUAUUCGCUGUUUAACGUUCGAUCUUGUCGAGUCUGUUGUGUCGAGUCUGUGUCGAGAAUUCUUUGCUGGUAGUGUACAUGUAAUCUUGGUUGCUGAAGGCUGAAAGGCGUCUAUGGCCCUUGAAAGAGCGAUGCUGCCUUUGGCUCUGUAUAGAGCUAGUCGAAUGGAC